AUGGCACGCAGUUUGGAUCAACUUCCACCGGAAAUUUUGCUGGCGAUAUUGGACGAGAUGGAUAUGUCGGAGCUUUCCUCCGUAAUUCGGGUCAACAGACAGUUUUUCAAUCUCGGCAUUCGAAUCCUCUGGCAAGUCCAAAGCGACAUCUAUCUCGUCAAGGUCCCAAAGAGUCGCCGUAGGGUGUACAUUCCCUGGAUCAUGGAACUUAGCCUGUCCAGAUCCCCCAAAGUCCUUUACAAGAGGUUCAAAGAUUUUGUGUUCCCUAAUGUAAAAGAGCUGAGGGUCACGCUGAAGGAUCAUCAGGGGCCUAUAGCCGAUUGCCGUUAUCUGACACACUUUAUGAAUCCUGGUCUUCAACUGCUGCGCUUGGAGGGGGACAUUACUGCUGACUUCCUUCUGGAUGUGCAAAACCAAUGUCCUAAGCUGCGGACAGUCAUCUGCUGUUCCUGCGGACCUUGUGUCAGGCCGACCGAUUUCCUUACAUUUGUGAGGGGUCUCCCAUAUCUAGAGAGACUGGACAUGCAUGAAAAGGAUGGUCAUACGAUGAUAGAUUCCAAGGUCAUUGGAUUCCUGGCCACGUCUCAAAGAAUAGAGCAGUUGUCUCUGGACCGAAUUACUCCCGAAAUGCUAAGGGAUGCGUUGUCACUUGAAGCGCCCUUUCCGGAGAUGAUGAAAUUGGACAUUGAGAUCCGUCAAGACGCAGUCGCGUCGAUGGUUGAGAUUUUCAACUCUAUCUUUGCGCUCCGUGUGACGCUGAAAGCCACAAAUACAUGGGAAACGGAAAUCAGAAGUCGUGCGCUACGACCCCUCUCGGAACUGUCGCGAGUGCGAAGCCUAGACAUCUUUGUCGAUGGCGACAUGAGGAUUGCACCCGAAGACCUUGUCUCUCUGAGGAGUCUCAGCGAUCUGAGACGUCUGACAAUAGAAGGAUUACACGCGCGUAACCUGCGCGCCGCUGAUUUCGGUGAUGACGACCUCCACCGUCUGGUUAGUGGACUACCGGGUCUGGACACGCUGUCCCUUCAGUUCCUUACCAGUGGAGUCACCUCAGCUUCCUUUGCGACAUUGGCGAAAUGCUGUCCACGGCUCGGAUGCUGUGAUCUCGGUGGAGCUUUCAAUGCACUGGACCUCCGAGAUUACAAAGCGCCUUUGCUUCCAAAGCUUGGGUCACUCCGAGUUGGAUGCUUCCUGGAUUCCGAUAUCAGAGGAAUCGACGAUGAAGCUGAUGACCAUGACCAAUUGGUUGAAAAUCGCGCAUGUGAGCAUGCCCGGCAGCUCGAAAGGCACUUCCCCAAGGCAUCCAUCUGGAUUGCGCAAAAUGGUGGAUAUCCCGCUGAGGUGCAAUUCAGUAUGACGGUGGUGAAGUUAUUCAGACGGGAAUAUGAGCGGGAUUCUGAAUGUGAUUCUCGACCUCUGGACACUUGCAUUCCUUGA